AUGGCUGCAGGGGCCGCUGCGUGCCCGGAGGGCCAGGAGUGCCCCUGUGCCACCACAUUACUGGAAUCUCCAAAGCGUUUUUCAAAAGAAAAGACGACUGAGAUGAGGAAAUCCGCCACAAAGAUGAGCACAAGCGUCGCAUCCGAUGGUGAUAUAUCUCCAAACAUCAUGGAGCGUUUCAUAACCAUGAGACGCUCACACAAGUACAGCCAGAAGGGGCUGAUAGCUGUCCGAUCAGACGACAUUUCCGAACAUUAUGAUAUGGAAGAUCAUCGUGUGGGCGCUGGCGCAUAUGGUCACGUCUUCACAGCGAGGCAGAAGCAAACCGGAAUGCAGGUGGCGAUCAAGAAGGUCUUGAUCUUUGAGCCUGAUCAGAAGAAGCGCUUAGAUACCGAGGCUGAAAUCAUGAAGGAUUUGGACCAUCCCAACAUUUGCAAAUUGAUGGAGACCUACGAGAAAGGAAGAUUCAUGUUCUUCGUCAUGGAGUAUUUGAAGGGAAAGGAUGUGCUGGAGCGCAUGAUGGCCAUGGAUGAUCAAAAGUUCGGCGAGCGUGAGGCUUCAAACAUCAUCAAUCAAACUGCCUUGGCCCUACACCACGCCCACAAGCGUGGUAUUGCUCAUCGAGAUAUCAAGCCGGACAAUCUGGUAUUUGUGUCCGAAGAGGAAGGCGAUACCUUUGUUAAGGUGGUCGAUUGGGGUCUCGGCUCUUACUUCAACCAUACCAACAUGAAGUCAGCAGUGGGCUCCUAUGCCUAUUGUGCGCCUGAGAUUUUGACCAAAAAACUGUCCAGAUUUUCGAAGGGUUACACUGCAGCAUGCGAUUUGUGGAGCCUGGGUAUCAUGACCUAUGUCCUCCUAUGUGGACAUCCACCCUUCCGUGGCGAAGCCUCCAAGCUCUUGAAGCUUGCAAAGGAGGAGAAGUUAAUACCGGAGGACAACAUUUGGAAAGCUUUGUCAUCAGAGUCCAAAGACUUUAUCAGAUGUUUGUUGAAAGCCAAACCACAGAAACGUUUGAAGUUUCAACAGGUGCUUUCGCAUCCCUGGUUUGAAAUGCAGCAUUCGAAUCCAAUCCCUGCUUGUGUGAGUCAGAAUGUCCUCCAAAACAUGCGUAAGUUCUGCCAACUGAGCCAUUUCUUCGGCUUCUGCGUGUUAGCAGCUGCACGACAGCUGGAUGCUAAGAGCUUGGAUGAAGUGCACCAGGUCUUCUGCCAGUUGGAUAGUGAUGGUGACGGCGUCUUGACCAUUCAAGAAGUGCAUCGCGGCUUCACCGAUCUGGGCGGAGCUGAGAUGGAUGACCUUCAGGAGCUCUUCGCCAUCAUCGACCAAGAUGGAUCAGGUACCAUCGACUACACCGAGUUUGUGGCAGCUGCAGUCGGAGAGCGCAUCUUCCAAGAAGAGAGUGCUCUUAUGGCAGCUUUCGAGGCCUUCUCCCACGACAGCAGCGGCACCAUCUCCGAACACGAGAUUAAAGACGUGCUGCGGCGCUGCGAUGCUCAAAAGGUUUGGAGUGACAAUGCCAUCAAUGUCAUGGCGCAAGAGGCCCAUCACCACUUCACCAACGGUGAGAGCAUUGACUUUGACAAGUUUCGACAGUCCAUCAUGGAACACGUGACAUCCAGAACCAGUGGCUCUGAUGCAACGUCCCUGAGGGCGCAAGCAUCUCUGCUCGUGACGGAUUUCAGCAAGAUGAAUGUGGGCGUUCAGCCCAAGCGGUCCCCGUUUCGCUGGUGGCCCCAAUGCUGCAGCGGGGGAAGCGUCGCAGAGCCAUGCUAA